AUGGAAACGUAUGUUGCUGAAGAACAUAUAAUUCAAUCUGAAAAUGAUCAGAAUUUAUUAAAUGAACAAGAAGAUAUUGAAUUAGUUGAUAAAUCAUUGAAAACAAUAACUAGUUAUGAUAGAUUUAUAAAAUCAACACCAAUAUCAAAACGAAAACAUCCUCAAUCAUCUGAUUUACCUGAUACAAUAACUAUUCUUAAAGAUGAUACAACUAAUGGCAUUGUUUAUCUUGUUGGAACAGCACAUUUUAGUGAAAAAAGUCAACGUGAAGUAACAGAAAUAAUUGAAAUGACUCAACCAGAUAUUGUUAUGGUUGAAUUAUGUCAAAGUCGUGUCAAUAUACUUUCAUUAGAUGAAAAUACAUUAAUGAGAGAAGCUUCACAAAUCAAUUUUGAAAAACUUCGAACUAUUAUUAAAGCUAAUGGAGUUAUUCAUGGAAUAAUUCAUGUACUUUUAUUAAGUAUGACAGCUCAUUUAACUAAACAAUUAGGAAUGGCACCAGGAGGAGAAUUUCGAGCAGCUUUUCGUGAAGCUCAAAAAGUACCCGGUUGUAGUCUUGUACUUGGUGAUCGUCCAGUUGGUAUAACAUUAAAACGUGCUAUUAAUUCAUUAUCAACAUGGAAAAAAAUUCGUUUAGUUUGGUCAUUAUUAACAUCAAAAGAUAAAAUAACAAAUGAAGAUGUUGAAAAAUGUAUGGAACAAGAUAUGCUCGAAAAAUUAUUAUUAGAAAUGAGUGAUCAAUAUCCUGAAUUAUCUCGUGUAUUUGUAACUGAACGUGAUCAAUUUUUAUCAUAUUCAUUAAGAAAAUGUGCACAAAAAAUUCCUAUUGAAACAAAUGAAACUGGUUUUGUUCCAGCAACUGUUGUUGCUGUUGUUGGUAUUGGUCAUGUACAAGGUAUUAUUAAACAAUGGAAUCAACCAACUAUUAAUAAUAUUCAACAUUUAAUGAAAUUAACAAUUGAUGAUAAACCAAAGGAGAGUUGGUCAUUUUCAAAUUAUGCAUCAUUAUCAUUUAAAUUAGCAUGUUUUGGAGCCGUUGUUGCUGCUAUUGUGCAAUAUACUCGUUAUCGAAUUGGUUGA